AUGGGCGCCGGAGGUGACGCCGGCGGCGGCUUCUACGAUGCCGCGCUGCACAAGCGUCAGGCCAUGAUGGGCAAGAGUGGCCCAGGGGCACUCUGGAAGAACUUCCGUGUCUUUCGCAUUGCCGCCUUCGCUUGCAUUGGUGGCGUGUUGUACGGUUACAACCAGGGCAUGUUCUCGGGUGUCCUGGCCAUGCCGGCCUUCGGAAGGCACAUGGGCGACUACAUCGAGAACCAGACCAAGAAGGGGUGGCUGACGGCUAUUCUGGAACUCGGCGCCUGGCUCGGAACACUUCUCUCGGGUUUCAUUGCUGAGGUGCUGUCGCGAAAGUACGGUGUGCUCGUGGCCUGCUCCGUGUUCAUCAUCGGUGUCAUCGUUCAGGCUACCGCAGUUACUGUCGGACCCAAUGCUAUUCUAGCUGGGCGAUUUGUCACUGGUAUGGGUGUCGGAAGUCUUGCCAUGAUCAUCCCUAUCUACAACUCCGAGGUUGCGCCCCCCGAGGUGCGCGGAGCUCUGGUGGCAACGCAACAGCUGGCCAUUUGCUUUGGCAUCAUGGUCAGCUUUUGGAUUGACUACGGUACCAACCACAUCGGCGGCACCGGAGACGGACAAACCGACGCAGCAUGGCUUCUUCCGACUUGCUUGCAGCUCGCACCCGCCCUCCUCCUUCUCGUUGGCAUGAUCUUCAUGCCCUUCUCCCCCCGUUGGCUGAUCCACCACGGCCGCGAAGAGGAAGCGCGCAAGGUUCUCGCCGACCUCCGCGGCCUGGACGCUGAUCACGAGCUCCUCGAGAUCGAGUUCCUCGAGAUCAAGGCCCAGUCGCUGUUCGAGAAGCGCUCCAUCGCCGAGAUGUUCCCCGAGCUCCGUGAGCAGACCGCCUGGAACACCUUCAAGCUGCAGUUUGUCUCCAUCCGGAAGCUCUUCCAGACCAAGGCCAUGUUUAAGCGCGUCAUUGUCGCGUCUGUUACUAUGUUCUUCCAGCAGUGGACGGGUAUCAACGCUGUUCUGUACUACGCCCCCUUUAUCUUCGAGCAGCUCGGCCUCGACCUCAACACCACCUCGCUCCUCGCCACCGGCGUCGUCGGCAUUGUCAUGUUCGUCGCCACCAUCCCCUCCGUCCUCUGGAUCGACCGCGUCGGCCGCAAACCCGUCCUGACCAUCGGCGCCAUCGGCAUGGCCACCUGCCACAUCAUCAUCGCAAUCCUCGUCGCCAAAAACAUCGACAACUGGGCCCAUCAACAGGCGGCCGGCUGGGCGGCCGUGUGCAUGGUGUGGCUGUUCGUGAUCCACUUCGGAUACUCGUGGGGUCCCUGUGCGUGGAUCAUCGUGGCCGAGAUCUGGCCGCUCAGCACGCGCCCCUAUGGUGUCGCCCUCGGCGCGUCUAGCAACUGGAUGAACAACUUCAUCGUCGGCCAGGUCACCCCGGACAUGCUCAAGGGCAUCCCCUACGGCACCUACAUUAUCUUUGGCCUGCUGACCUACCUGGGCGCCGCCUUCAUCUGGUUCAUCGUGCCUGAGACGAAGCGCCUGACGCUCGAGGAGAUGGACGUCGUCUUCGGCUCCGAGGGCACGGCGGCUGCCGAUUUCGAGCGCAUGGAGGAGAUCAACAACGAGAUCGGCCUCAACCAGAUCCUGCGCGGCGACGCCGGCGUGACUGUCGUGUCGGGCUCGGACGCCGAGAAGACCAAGCUUGAGCAGGCCUAG